GACUCAGCUCAGAUCAAGGUCUGAGCGGAGGUUUCCUGUCCAUCAUGUCGGGACGCGGCAAGCAGGGCGGCAAGGCGCGCGCCAAGGCCAAGACGCGGUCCUCGCGGGCCGGGCUGCAGUUCCCCGUGGGCCGCGUGCACCGGCUGCUCCGCAAGGGCAACUACGCCGAGCGCGUCGGGGCGGGGGCGCCGGCGGGCAACGCGGCGCGCGACAACAAGAAGACGCGCAUCAUCCCGCGCCACCUGCAGCUGGCCAUCCGCAACGACGAGGAGCUCAACAAGCUGCUGGGCAAGGUGACCAUCGCGCAGGGCGGCGUGCUGCCCAACAUCCAGGCCGUGCUGCUGCCCAAGAAGACCGAGAGCCACCACAAGGCCAAGGGCAAGUGAGGAGCA